CUGUGAAGAUUUAGUGAAACCUUAAUUCCACCUGUGGGCCUUUUCAAUUUUGUCGCUGAGCACCUCAUUUGUUUCAGUCACUGGGCUAUGUGCCCAAGAUACAAAGGUGAUAAGACCCAGUACCCACCUGCCGCGAGUAGGGAAACAGUGCAACUCAUCGUUGGAAUGUCUUUGCAUAGCCCCAUCCUGGAAGAAGCUCUGUGAUGUGUGGAUCGUGAGUUUGCUCAAGCAAAUUGGACUCUUUACAAGGAAUAGCUAGAUUUGAGGACUAGGAUGGAAGAGCCAGCACCAGUGGAAGGCCAGGGCCAGCUCCCAAGCCCCCACCAGGGCUCUCUGAGGAAAGCCAUGGCAGCUGCCCUGACCCUUGAUGGGGAAUCCACACUGGGUCGCAGGAAAAAGAAGAAGAAAGAGUCCCGCCCAGAAUCUAUUAUCAUCUACCGGUCAGAGAGUGAGAAACUGGAUGAGGAGCCUGGGGAAUUAGAAGGUGGAGAUCAGCCUAAAGAGGAGGAGGGAGAUGAUUUCCUAGACUAUCCUGCGGAUGAUGGUAUGUGGAACAUGCCUGUGGACAGCCGCUAUGUCACAUUAACUGGGACCAUCACCCGAGGGAAGAAAAAGGGGCAGAUGGUGGACAUCCAUGUCACGUUGACAGAGAAGGAGCUGCAGGAACUCACCAAGCCUAAAGUGUCUUCAAGGGAAAUGGCACCUGAAGGCAGAAAGGCCUGCCAGCUGGGAGCAGACCGUGGGCCCCACGUGGUCCUCUGGACGCUGGUCUGCCUGCCUGUGGUUUUCAUCCUCUCCUUCGUGGUCUCUUUCUACUAUGGCACCAUCACCUGGUACAAUAUCUUUCUUGUGUACAACGAGGAGAGGACCUUCUGGCACAAGAUCUCAUGUUGCCCCUGCCUCAUUCUCUUCUAUCCAGUGCUCAUCAUGGCCAUGGCCUCUUCCCUGGGCCUCUAUGCUGCCGUGGUCCAGCUCUCAUGGUCCUGGGGAGCAUGGUGGCAAGCUGCCCGGGACAUGGAGAAAGGCUUCUGUGGCUGGCUGUGCAGCAAACUGGGUCUGGAAGACUGUUCUCCCUACAGCAUUGUGGAGCUGCUUGAAUCUGACAAUAUCUCAGGCACUCUGUCCAACAAGGAUGCCACCCAGGAGGUAGAAACAUCCACCGUCUAAACUCCCAACAACUUACUUCAUUCUCUGGUCUCAGUAGCCUGUAUAUCGUCUUCCAAUUUCAGAAUAUUCCUUCUUUAAAUUAUUCCUCCCCCCCUCUUCCCCCAUACACAGUUCUUCUGGAAAAUUUUAGCCCACACUGAUCUGUCCUACCAUCUUGUUGGUUUCCAGGAGGGCAGGAAACAGAAAAGCAAUUUGUGCCCAAAUAGUCCAUCCAAUGGAUAAACUCUUCUUCAUUCCUUGCCCUAAGAUGACCAUUUAUCUGAGACAAGGAGCUCAGGUGUGUGUCAGUUCAGGAGCUUGGAGGUGUUCCUGGUGCCUGGAACCCAGGGGAGAUGUGACUAAAUGUGACAGAAUAAGGAAGCUCAGGGGAGACCAAGUCCACCAAUAAGAUAAUAGAUAGGGAUGGAGUGAAAUAUUUAAGAAGCAGGCUGCAACAGUGUAGCAGAAUGUAAAGAUAUGUGUGUAUCACUUAGAUUUUAAUUUAUAUAUUAAAUAUAAUUAAAAUCCAAAUAUCAGUAGUUUAAACAAGAUAGAAGUCUGUUUCUUUCCUGUAUAGAAGAAGUCUGGAGGCAGACCAUCAGGGAAACUGAUGAAGUCAUCAGAAUCCCAGGCUUUUUUUAUUCCCCAACCCUCAUUGCCUUUAUCCUCAGCACCCAGUGCUGACUGCAUCUCCAGCCAUCACAUCCCUGUUUCGGAUAGAACAGAGGAAAGGGCAACGAAGAGCACGUACACCCUCCUAGGCUAAGGCGGCUUCUCAAGAGGCCCCCUCAACCCUUCUUGUAUCUCAUUGGCCAGACCAUAGUCACAUGACCUCACAAGCAAGAAAGGCUGGGAAAUGUAGUCUUUUGGCCGGGCAGCUAUAUUCUAAAUGUUUGGGUUCUGCUAAUUUAAGAGACAAGGAAAUAGUGGCUAUUUUGGUAGGCAAGUAAGAAUCUCUGGCUCACAGUAAUUAUUUAAAUACAUUCAGAUCCAAAACUGCGAAUACAGUUUUAUUUAUGUAUG